AUGUCAGUCGUAUCCACUCAAAGCAAAAGGUCGGCCAUGCGUCCAACAAGCUCAUUAAGCACUUCACAACACCAUCAUCACCAUCAUCAUCACCAUAACCAUAACGACACAAACUCUACCCUCGAUGUCCAGUCAACGCAAAGUAGACAACGUCAGUCGAAGAAGGAUGAGGCCAUUCGUAAAAAGAUCGAGCAAGAGCUUUCCAAGAAGCGUGGUGGUUCUACUCGUAUACGACAAACGAAGAAGAUUGCAGGCACCGUUUCAGCAUUGCGACCAACACAAGCAUUGACAGUUCGUGAAACCCUUCUGGUUAUGGAAGCAGCACAGCUGAUGGCAGCCAAGCGCAGCGAUUGCGUACUUGUCAUUGACGAGGAGGAUCACCUUAGUGGUAUAUUUACGGCCAAGGAUCUUGCAUAUCGAGUAGUCGCUUCUCACAUGGAUGCACGGGCAACCACUGUAUCCGAUAUCAUGACGCGAAAUCCAAUGUGCGUCACAGCCGACACAUCCGCUCAAGAUGCUCUCAACCUUAUGGUCUCCCGUGGAUUCCGUCAUUUGCCUGUUUGCAAUGAAGAAGGAGACAUCUUCGGCUUACUUGAUAUCACCAAAUGUUUAUAUGAAGCACUGAACAAGAUGGAACGAGCUUAUGGAUCUUCAAGGAAAUUGUACGAUGCAUUGGAAGGCGUUGAACGUGAAUGGGCCAACAGUCCUGUUCAAUUUGUGCAGUACAUGGAUGCCUUACGAGAUAAAAUGUCAUGCCCGGAUCUUACUACCGUUCUCGACAAUUCGAUGCCUGUUCAAGUUGCAAUGAAAGCCAAUGUUCGUGAUGUGGCCACCCUCAUGAAAGAACAUCGCACUACAGCCGUAUUGGUAAUGGAUCAUGGUGGAUUAUCCGGUAUCUUCACGUCCAAGGAUAUUGUACUUCGUGUGAUUGCAGCUGGUUUGGCACCCGAGAAUUGCUCCGUUGUCCGAGUUAUGACUCCUCAUCCAGAUACGGCUAGCCCUUCUACAAGCAUUUUGGACGCUCUCAAAAAGAUGCAUGAUGGUCAUUAUUUGAAUUUACCGGUCAUUGAUGAUGAGCAGCAUAUUGUUGGUCUAGUGGAUGUGCUAAGAUUAACGUAUGCAACAUUGGACCAGAUCAAUAGCAUUGAAGGGCAUGGAUCUGAAAAUGGUGGAGGCAAAUUCUGGAACAGCAUGAUGGCUGGUGACAACACUGAAACCGAAUCAGCGAUUAGCGACUCUUUAUCUCAAGCAGCCAAUUCGCAAAUGUUUCCAUCACCAGCUAGUCCUCAUCCGGAUCGUACUCUUUCACCCCACAGUCAUCACCAUUCACCUUAUUCCCAUUCAGGAUACCCAGAAAUUACCCCCGGUGACAGCGCAUCUAUGGCCAAUGGUGAUGAUAUGAGAUCCACUGUUUCUUCGCAUGUUCAAGGCACCUUUUCUUUCAAAUUCACCUAUGGCGGCAAAACCCACCGUUUUCGAUGUGAAGAUUCCAACUAUACAGCAUUGCGUGAUAUCGUACGACAAAAGAUUAUGUCCGACCACCUUGCACUUUCUCAAUCUUAUGUCAAAGUUGGAGAUGAGACAUCCAAUAACGAUGAUGGAGAUGACAGCUGGUUGAGUAUUUCAUAUCUUGAUGAUGAGGAUGACAAGGUGCUCUUGGCAAGUGAUGCGGAUAUGGAAGAUGCAGUACACUUGGCGCGUAAAUUGGGUCAAGAUCGAGUACGUUUGUUUGUUCAAGAUAGCAUGGCACCUCAACAAACCAACAAUGACACCCAACCAUCAUCAAUGACGACUACUCAACCUCAUCCUGAAGAUACCCAUGUACCUCUUGGACAACCCACCAUUUCUGUGGCACCACCACCAACACCCCCUACGACUACAUUGGACGAUGCUGCUGCUACUACUAGUCAUCCACAACCAGAUACUACAACAAGAGAUGAGAGCAAUCACAAUGUUGGGAAAAAACAUCGCCGUAUGAAACGACGACAACGACAACAUGAUGAGAGUGAUGUAACAACAAGCAGCAGUGAUACCAGCGAUGCAUCCGAAAGUGGCAGUGACAUGAGUGAUUAUGAUAGCGAUGUCCGAUACAGUAGCGGCAGUGGUAGCCGACGACGGCGUCAUCGAAGACAACAACAACAACGUCGUGCCAAGCAUAAACGGGAUGGUGCAGCACAAUUCGAUUUGCCUAUUCCACAAGAAAUGCUAUUACCAGCAGCUAUCACUUUUCUCGGUGUAGUGAUUCUUGGAGUAUUCGCCAUUACUAAAUUUACGGCCCCCUCCGUUGACCGCCGUUUCUGA